AUGGCUGAUACAACAGAAGUUGCUCCAUGGGAGCGUUUCAAUGGUUGGGUCCACUGUAUCUGCGUCGUAACAUUUGAUUUAGAAUUAGGGCAGGCUUUAGAAGUCAUCUAUCCUGGUGAUGCUCAUCUUUCUGGCUCAGAAAAGUUGAAUAUUUGCUAUCUUUCUUUUCCGGAUUCAAAUAGCAGCUGCUCUUCUGAUUCCAACUACCACUUUCGGAUACGACGGGUUUCUAAAUCAUUGAACUCUGCACAGUCUGCAUAUUCAGAACGGGUACUUCCCACAGCAGAUCUUGACCCUGCCUACUAUUAUGGAUUUGUUCAUUUUAGACAAAGGAAAGACGCGAAAUUACCCCGCGGAUACUACCAGAAAAGCCUUGCCAUUAUAACAGUCUAUCCGCUAUUUAAUCUUUUUUCUCAUGUCGUUAGUAUUGUGGCUGCUGCGUACUUUGAUUCUGGCGAGCCUGCUGUUGAAGCAGCAUGCCAUCACAUUGAUCAUUGGCCACUGCCUGUACCCGGUGAAUAUCUGACACUCCCACUGAUGGGGGCCAUUAUUCACUGUCGUAUUCCUAGCAGGAAUGAUGCGCCUUUGGAGUUCAAACUUGUAGAAGAAGCUAAAAAAACUUCUGGUCACCCGUCUCCGCUGAUCCUAACAACUGUGAACGAAACUAAUUUGUUCAGGGACCUUCGAGGUCGUCUCAAUCAUGUACAGUUACUUUGGGAACUAGUUCUCAUUGGAGAACCAUUGGUUGUUAUGGCUCCAUGCCCUGCCACUUGUGCGUCGUUGGUAGAGUCACUUAUAUCGUUGAUAUGGCCGCUGAGAUAUCGUAACGACUAUCGUCCAUAUUUUACCAUACACGAUUCUGAAUUCAAAGAGUAUACAGCAAGAACUCACUCACCCCCUCACGUUGUGCUUGGCGUCACUAAUCCGUUUUUUAUCAAGACGUUGCAACAUUGGCCUCAUAUUUUGCGCGUUGAUGAAACUAGCAACGGUGUAUCUGCAGCAUCAGAUAAAAGCAUCAGGCGUGCUUGGGAUGGGCGUCUGUUUGACAUCAAGCCGGGUCUGUACAGCCAAUACAGGACUUUCCUUUAUCGCGAUAAAAGUUUGCUCAAAAAGUUGUUAAAAGAUGAUAGGCAGGAUUCAGUAUUAAGUGCGGUGUUGCGAAGGCACAUGCUGGAAUUGACUCAAAGUUUUAUGAUACCUCUCGAAAGAUACCUUUCGUCUUUGAUGCCUUUGCAAAAGCACAUGUCUCCAUUUCGAGCGAUACCACAAGCCCGACCAUUUGUUGCGGAGAACUUUUUAUCGACUUUGGGGGAUGCUGGCCCAGAAUUAACCUGUGGUCUUAAGGGCGAUUGGAAAGGCAACAACUUUGAAGGUUGGCUUAGAAGCAGGCAAAAGGAUAUUAAUCGCCAACUUCGAACUUCUUAUGUCGAGGUUCUUUGCAAAGCUGACUUCUCUACUGAGGUGUUGCAAGAGAAGCAACAAGUGGAAAUUGUGGAUUUGGUGCUGAAAAUCAACAGCUAUAUUGGAAGCUUGAAAAGUUACCAGUCAGAAAUGCGGAAACGUUUGCAAGCACAGUUGAGAACUAUUCUGCAAUCAGUAGAUGACGAGUUAAAGACAUUACUUCUUUCUAAUUGCACAUUCAGGGACCAAGUGCCGGACUAA